AACGAGGAGGGAACGAGAAACGCGCGCGGCUCGCAGAGAAAGAAGGGGACUCCGAAAUCAGACGCGUCGCCUCGGUGGGAGUCCUUUACUUUCAGUCCCGCUGUGAACGCAGCGAGGAGCGCUACGUGUAUUCACCUUCAUCGCACCCGGGAUGCCGUCAUCGUGUUGUUGUUAUCGUCGUCGCGUUCAUCACUAGGAAAGAUAUUGUGUUUGCUCCCCGAAAACCGAAAACGUACCACGGUCGCGUGCAAGUGACAAAAAAAAAAAGAGAUGAUCGAUCGUUAAUGUCAUGCUUUACGAGAAUCGUCUAAAAGUGUUAUAAUCCGCACGUGACGAAUGUAUGUUGAAGCGAGUUCGUUCGUGAUGUUAUACGUGAAAUGUAAGAUUGCUCGCUAAUCAGGACAGAAUGGGACUUGUGUUAACAUGGAAAUAUGAAUAUUACGAAAUACGGAUUUCGCGAAAGCUUAGAAUAGGCAGCUUGAUAAGACUAGUGAUUCUAGAAUGAAGUGUAUUGUGGUCCGUAUGAUUCCUACGUCAAAUACACGAUUCUGCUCUAUUCAAUUAUAGUUCUCAAAGAUAGAUCUCUCUGAUUCGCAGUCCUUGAGAUAGAGAAUCCAAUAAAAUCCAGCGACGUCGAAGAUGUAUAAAACGUCCCCAUUGUCUGAUGAUGCGACCUGAAUCACAUCGUCGCGAACAAAGUUCUUUGGUGCUACUUUUGAAGCCGACGUUACGCCAAUCGCGAUAAUGAGUUUUAUAGAGAGUAUGCCACCCCACCCACAUCAUAUCGUCAAUCUGGGUAUCAAGGUGUCACCCGGAGGUGGUGGGGCAACCGGUGGAUUAACAGAUCCCGGUGCGAACAUUCAGCCACCUCCGGCCGAGGCACCGUCCCAGCAACACCAUCACUUCCAUCCCCAAAGCUACCCGUCGCAUCAUUCUCACACAGCUCCCCAUAUGCCGCCUCACAUGAGCCAUCACAUGGGCCAUCCUAGUUAUGCGCGUGAGUUUAUCAUUCGACGGGAACACGAAAUAGCAACAGCGAGUCCUACCACCCCCGAGAGCAGCGGACUAGGCCUGUUCACGCCGUUGCAUCAUGACGGCACAGCCGCGACGAUGCAACAUUUCUCUCAUCAUCCCAGUCAGCAUUCAUUGGCCGCCACCCACUAUCCUGGGCACUAUCCUCAGGAUACCAGGCCAAUACCUUCUCAUCACCAGUAUAUCGGUACGCCGCACAUGACGCCGGCCGCUAUCCACCACCAGCAACACCCAGCCAUGAACCAUCCAAGUCAUCCCAGCGCCUUCUUCAGAUUCAUGAGGCCUAACGGCGCCGGCAGCGCCGGCGGCCACGCGGGCACCGUUGCCAGCGGUGGCUCCAUGGAAAUUAUGUGCAAGUGGGUAGAUCAAGACCCGACGUUACCAGAAAAUGGAAGAAAGCUAUGCGGCAAGACGUUCACCUCUCUUCACGAUAUCGUGGCACACCUGACAGUGGAACACGUGGGCGGACCCGAGUGUACAACGCACGCGUGCUUCUGGCAGGGUUGCGCGCGUAACGGUAAGGCCUUCAAGGCCAAGUACAAACUCGUGAAUCACAUACGAGUGCAUACUGGAGAAAAACCGUUCUCGUGCCCAUUUAACAAUUGCGGCAAAGUCUUUGCCAGGUCGGAAAAUCUCAAGAUACACAAGAGAACGCACACUGGCGAGAAACCUUUUAAAUGCGAGUUUAGUAACUGCGACAGGAGGUUCGCGAACAGCAGCGAUCGAAAGAAGCACAGCCACGUCCACACUUCGGACAAGCCUUACAAUUGUCGAGUGUCAGGAUGUGAAAAGUCCUACACCCAUCCCAGUUCGCUACGCAAACACAUGAAGGUACAUGGAUUACCCGAGGGUAAAGGAGGAGGAUACGAGAGCGAGGGAGAAGAGAGCAGCAGUAGUGGGGGUAGUCUGUCGGUGACUGGUAAUACGGAAUCAUCCCAGCCACCUCCGAUCCCGCCAAGGACAACAACCAAUCUUCCGUCUACGAAUCGAACUCACGAUCCCUCGCUUCGUGGAGCUGCGGAGGUGACGGAAUGGUACGUUUGUCAGGCACCGACAGUCGGGCCUCAACCAGGGCCCCUACCUGGUCCACCACAGCCGCAUCAUCUUGGUCAUCAUUUCAAUCAAUUGAUACACCACCAAGCAGCCGCUUAUUAGGAAAUAUCGAAGGAUCGAAGUUGUGACCAAGUGAGAGUCUUUCUAAAAAAAUCUCCGUUCCUAUCCGUUCACCUCAAUUUGAUGAUGUGAUUUCUUGCUGAGGAUGAGUUUCGUCAAAGGAACUACAAAUGACAAUCAUCUGUCGAUUUAUCGAAGAUAAUCCUUCGAGGAAAUAUUCGGGGACAUGCCUGUGGCGAAAUUUCGUACUCAUCAUAUGAUGUACUAUUCGGGCUCCGUUGGCGCCUUAUAUAAAGAAGCUCAUGGAUAUUUAGAAUGGAGUAACGUAUUCGCUGUAAGCAUCACUCUAACGUUUUCGACAUCAUACAAAUUUAAAGAAUAUUUCAACACAUUUUUGAGUAAUAUAAGGUAUAUCAUAUAAUUCAUUCAUUUAAAAUGUUUCUAAAUUAACGAUUAUUAAACAAAAAAAACAUUUUUCAACGUUACUUCUUUGUGAAGAGGACAUUUUGUGAUAUAUCUCUAUUAUUUCAAAUAAAAUCACAUAAUCUUUUCAUAUCAAACGAUUCUUCUUGACAUUCUGCAAAUAUAAAUACUAAUA